UAACAGCCAUUCAUUGAUUCAGGUGUGCGCUGCUGCUCAUAUCACCUUCUCGUUUGCUUUGUGGGCUAGAACAUUUUCCCUCGCUCAACUUCAUGCUAGUCGUAAUCGUGAUCGUGGUCGUAACUCGCUGUCGGCGUUUAAGCAGCGGGAAGAAUAUUUCGACGAAAAAAAGAAUAUUUUGACAACGGAAUAAGUUUUAAGUGAAAAAGUCGAAAAAAAAUACAAACAUCACACAUUUUGAUGUGGGAAUGAAUAUUUCCGUCAAAAUUAAAAGCAAGAAGAAAAAAGUUCACACCAAUUUAAGCAAAAGAAACGUAAUGAAGUGUUAAUUGAAAGCAAUUCGAACCGCACAAGAGACCGGGAGGUUCUGGUUUAGUUAUUUUGCAAACAUAAGCGGGAAUCGUUUAGCCAGUCAGCCAGGCGGUUAGCUACUCAGCGGCUACUUUAACAUCAAGUUCAAGUUUUAAGUGACAAGACUGCAAAAUUUCCUUAGCCACGAAUAAAAUUGAAUUAAAAUAAAAAUUCCAGCAAAUAUUUAUUUAACACAUUUUGUGUAAAUAAAAAAGUGUCAUGGGAAAAUUUUCUUAGAAAAAAGAAAAAUAAAAAAUAAAUAACAAAAAAAUUUAUGUAAAUUUCUUAAACAAAGAUAUGCUUUGAUAAUUGACAUCAAUAGUGAUAUAUUGAAGAAAAACAAAAAAAAAAAAAUCCAAAUAUCGAUACAUUGUGGCCUAUAGCAAAGCAAAGAAAAGAAAUUUAAAAAAAUCAUAGUGACAUGUUUAGAAAACUGCCGAGGACAAUAAAGCAUUAGCAGCUGCAACAUUUUACAAAACACCAAAUACUGCAAAUGUUCGUCAAAAAUAAUUUGCAGUCAUUGCAUGCAUACUUGGUGGUAAAGCCUUCACAUUGUUUAUUAUGAGUGGAGCAGUAAAAAGUGUUGUAUAUAUGGGACCAUAUACCUGCGCUAACAACCAAGGUAAAUAAAGGAAAUUUGAAAUUACGGAAUCAUAGCAAAGCAGAAAAAAAAUUCGGACCAUUCAAAAAGAAAGCCAAGCAAGCAGUUGAGAACUCGAGCAGCGGGUGUUGAGAUUGAGGAAAAUCUCACGCAUUAAAGUAAAGGUGCCACCAAAAGAAAAAAAAAAAACAAGAAAACAUGGAAGCAACUACAGGAACCCCCCAGGCCAAUGGCGUUUUGUCCAAUUCCCAUGAUGAGGUGGAUUUUGUCAAAGUACAAAAACACAAUUUCAACAACAACAACAAUAACAAUAUCAAUGAAAGCAAUAGUUUUAUAAAUCUCAAAUCGGAGCUACCAGUGCCAAAAAGUCAAAACGCCAAAGUGCCAAAGGAACGUUUAUCUUUGUUUAGUUUCUCUAAGAAAUCUCCCACAAAAUCAUCUUUGGAAGAGAAACCUGCAGUGGAAGCUUCAGAUAAAAAUCUUUCUUGCCAGUUGACCACAACUACGACACCAGUGCCCAUAGGAACUCCUCCCAGACAUAAGAAAUUUGUAAAGAGCUCUUCAUUGUCCCGUCUUUUGGGCAAUACCUACAAUGCCAAAAAAUUCGAAAGAGAGGAGAAAAAAAUUAUAGAGGGCAAAUUCAAUACUUUCGGAGGUCGCCGUCGCUCCAGUGGUCCCUAUUUGGAGCGUUUCAAACGUUAUGCCAAAGAAGAGGGUGAUGAGGUUAACUCGCCGACAUCACCCACAGCAACGCCAGUUUUUGCUGUUAGAAACAAAAAUGCAGAUAAAUCCAAGGGAGAUACCUUGGAUCGGCAUUUAAUGGCCUUGGAAAACUUCCAAGAGAGACAUAAUCAGGAUUUGGGCUCUAAGGCCAUGCGCACCAUAUCCCGAGGUCUAGGCAAGCUGUGGUGGAAGCGUACUCACAGCAUAGACAUCAGUACCCCAGAUCCUGAAUUUAAGGUCUCCUAUCUGGGCAAUGUUUUGACAGGAUGGGCUAAAGGUGAGGGCUGUGUGGAAAAGCAGUUAAACACACUCUGGCGCAAUUAUACCCAAAACAACAAACCCGAUGUUAUAAUGCGUCUGAAAGUAUGUGCUUCUGGUCUGAAGGCCACCACACGACAACACGGACUAACAGAAUACUGGGCCAAUCGCAUAACCCAUUGCUGUGCACCAAAGAACUAUCCUAGGGUCUUCUGUUGGAUCUACAGGCAUGAGGGAAGAAAACUCAAACAUGAACUGCGUUGCCAUGCUGUGCUGUGCAGCAAGGAGAAGCAGGUGCAAGAAAUCUGUGAUACUUUAAAGGCUAAUCUCGAGUGUGCUCUGCGUGAAUUUAAGCGUGAAAAAAUUCUCAAACAGAAUGCCCGCCUCAGUUUGGCCAAUGCCGUCUAUGACAAUCCAAGUUUACCGCGUCGCAAAAUCCUUUUAAGUGUGGGCAGCAACAAUUAUCGACCUCCCUUGGAGCGCUCCAAAUCGGCUCCCAAACUUAUGGCCAUUGAAGAGGCCAUAGGCGAAGAAGGCGAGGAGGCCGAGGAAACCAAUGAACCCGAAAUGAAACCUUGUUGCCAAAAGGAUUCCCUAUAUCCAGCCAUGACUUUGGGUCGUCGCCGUUGUCGUCGUGGCCAUUCCAUACGUCGUACUGGCCAGGCCAGACCUGUGAGUUUUAAUGUAACCUCCAGCUGCAAUGCAACUCAACAGCAGCAAUGUUGCAAUUCCAGCAACUCCUGCCAAGACAAACAAAUUCCACAAACAAUACAGUCUGCAAAUGCCAAGAACGAUGAUGGCUCUGAUGAUUCCGAUGAUUUUGAAAAGAUUUUGAAACACAACAACUAUGAUAGCAAUGCCUCUUUGGCCAAUGAAUUGAUGCCUUACUUUGAUAGCCAAAUGCAUAUGAACUCCAAUAAUAGCUGCAGUCUAAGUGAUCUGAGAGGUGUUGUGCUGCUGUCCCCCGAAGAUGGGGAACCUCUGAGUCUUUUGGCCACCAUCAACAUUGAUCCCAAUGCAGAUCCCAAAAACGAUUUUAAUCUCAACCAAACAGACAAUGCCCAUGACCUGGACAGUCAAAGAGUGCCGGAGGAUAACUUGGGGGUAACCCUAAGACGUUCUGGGGUUUGCAGUGAUGGUGAAGAGGAUUUCCUGGGUGAGGAGGAAGAGGAUAUGUAUUUCCGCCAGGCAGCCAUAUUGAAUAUGCUGCAUCGCCACUCCAUGCGCAAAAUGGCCAAUCUGUCAUUGAGCAGUGAUGAGGGCAGCAGUAGCUUGGAAACAAAUUCAGGUCUCAGAGACUCCGAUGAUCAUGGCUCUACGCGUUAUAAACAUCAACAGCAGUCUUCCAUAUCAUCGGAUGCAUCCUCGGUCUCAUGCACCCUGAACUCCCAUCAAUCGGUAAGCGAGUCCAGUGCGGCCAGUAAGCGCAGCAUUAGCAACGACAGUGCUGAUGAAGGUUCUAUAUCGAGUGGCUGUGAGACAGCCAGCACAGUGACACAAAAUCAAGAUGACUUAUCCUUACAAUACCACCAUCACCACCACCAAACACAUCAACAUGCUCUGCCCCAUGAUUUGGAAAUAUCUUCACUGGAUUCCACUGCUUUUACAACAGAGGAUUUGUACAAACAUUUGCAAAGUCGCAAUAACAGCGAUGCCGCCACCACAUUUAGCAGCUCCAGUUCGAUAACCCUUAAAAUGGAUUCAUCUCCCACAAAUUCUAUGAAAGAUUUAGAUGUUGCCCGAGAAUCUGAGAGUCCCAAUGUGUCCGCUGGCACAAAUGUAAAUCGUCCCCGAAGAACACGUCGUCAACGCGAUGUCAAGCCGGACUCUGAUUCGGAGUGCAGCGAUGAAUCGGGUUAUGUCGAGUAUCAGGAGAGGGGAGAGAAAAGUAAUAAAACAAAAUUGGAACAACCAAAGCCACAAGUACCGAUAAAGCCUCAAGUACCACCAAAACCCAUGCCACGAAGAUUCAUAAGCACACAAAGCAAGACUACAACAAUUGUUUGAAACAACAACAUUUCACAAGGGUAGGAUAAUAAAGCACUCACAAUAGGGAACUCAUACUGCUACCACUCCCUACAGGGGUUUUAUAAAGCCCCCAAUUCAAUGGUUACUAAGUGCACUCAAGGAAAACUUUUGUGUAUUCUGAAAAUAGGUUUUCUUGUCAACUCUUAUGUGCUGAUGGUCUCUCAAAAUCAAUUCUCUGAAAGGAUUAGGAUUGAAAUUAGACGAAAGUAGUACAAAUUAAAAUUCAUACCAACCAUGGCACCAGAAAACUGUAUAAUAUCCUUUUUCAUGGGUUAUUCUUUGCACACAAGGACAACUCAAUAUGUUUUGCAAAGCGGGUGGUAAUACAAACAAUCACAUGUGAUACAUUUUCCUAUAUCAAUUCUUUUGACAUGGUAAUAUUAAAUUUUCCUCAAUGAUAUUAAAUAAAAUAACUCAUACGAACCAUGGUA